GCGGUUUAUUUAAAUAAAAUUUUUAUAAUUUAAAGUACAAUUUGGAUAACCCUUGAUAAAGAUUAUUGAAAUUUUAAAUCUUCAAAGUUCUCACUCCUAAUUACUAAAUUUAUUUCGCUAUUUUGUUAAUCAAUGCCUUAGUUUAGUAAAAUUAAUGAUAAAGUGUUAGAAAUAGCCAGACACACCUACCAGCUGAUAAGCUCUGGACCUCUAACUCUUGUGUUUACAUUUUGCCGUGUUGAAUUGUCAUCAACUUUUAUAAUACCAUAAACGGUGAAUGUGAUAAUAAUUGGAUCAAUGUCAGACAAGGCCUAUUUCCCGUUGAACAGUAAUUGCAUUCGUGCCUUGACUGAUAAACUUCAAGACCGAAGAAAACAAGGUGCCAUUGAAGUUGAAAAAAUGUGUCGAGAUUUCUCUAAUCGUGGAGAUCAAAUGCUGAUCGAAAAGAUGAUCAAAGUUCUUCGCGAACUUGCAGCUUCAUCUAAUCCAAAUACUCGGAAAGGAGGUUUAAUUGGAUUGUCAGCCAUGGCCAUAGGCCUUUGUAAAGAAUCAAAGAUUUACACCAGUGAUCUUCUUCGACCAAUAAUCGCAUCUCUAUUUGAUCAAGACUCCAGAGUCAGAUAUUAUGCCUGUGAAGCAUGUCUGAAUGUUAUUAAGGCGCUACGCGAAGAUUGUCUAGUGCUUUUCCAUGAACUUUUUGAUGGUCUUUCAAAAAUUUCUGCUGAUCCAGAGCUUACUGUAAAGUUGGGUGCAGAAUCUUUGGAUAAAUUAGUUAAAGAUAUAGUUAAUGAAAGUAGUUCAUUCGAUCUUGAAUGUUUUAUUCCGCUGCUUCGGGAGAGAAUGUAUUCAAUAAAUCCAUUUGCUCGACAAUUUGUUGUUUCUUGGAUUGCGUUCCUUCAAAACUCCCCACACUUUGAUAUGACUCAGUAUUUACCUGAUUUGUUAGAAGGAUUAUUCAGAAUUUUAUCAGAUCAAAAUAUCGAAAUUAGAUCUAUGUGCUCUUCCGUUCUGCAAGAAUUUCUCAAUGACAUUAGAGAAUCUGACCGUACGAACUUCUCUGCUCUAGUCAACAUUUUAUUAGUGCACUCCCAAUCAUCGGAAGAAAUAGCCCAAUUCACUGCGUUAACCUGGUUAAAAGAGUUCGUCAAUUUAGCUGGAUCAACUUCCCUGCUUCCAUAUUCUGCGGGUCUUUUAUCAGCUACCUUGCCCCGAUUGGCUCACUCAUCACCAAGCCAACUUAAAGAUGAACAUUUCAAUGCCAGUCUAUCCUCUUCAAGAACUUUCAAUAUAAAUAUUCGUGAAGUGGCCAAAACAUUAAACUAUUCUUUAAUGCAAUUGGUAACUAUGGAUGAAAACGAGAGAUCUGAAAAUUCCGUCGAUUUGAGACCUUCUAGUGAUGAAGAAACCGUCCAUUCUAACUCAUCUUCUUCAUUCGACUAUUCCGCAAUAAUCGAGGUCUUAACUUACGAAUUGCAAGAAAACUCUUCUACAACCGUUAAACUCGCUGUUCUCGCAUGGUUCCAACAUUUGUUAUCUAAAUUUCCUGAGAAAAUACUACCUCUGGUUGAAAGUGAUAUUCUUCCUGUUUUAGUAAAAACGUUGAUGGACCCAUGUGACUCUGUCGUUCUUAAUGUUUUAGAUGUGUUAUCAUCUAUUUUUUCAUGUAAUGAUCAAUCAUCAAGUGCUAAAACCUUCCAAGCUCCAGCUGAUAAAAACAAUCAAGAAGGAUUUUUCGGCCAAUUCAUGGGCUCACUGUUGCAGUUAUUUGCAAAUAAUAUUUCAUUUCUCGAAAGUCGAGGAUCAGCCAUCAUUAGCAAUCUUUGUCUUAAAAUGAAUGCAGAGGCUAUCUAUAGAUCAAUAUCAGAAGCACUAAUCAAUCACGAAGAUAUUUUCUUUGCUAGUAAAAUGGUCCAGUCUCUUAAUUUGAUAUUAUUAACAUCUAGUGAACUGAAUGAACUUCGAACCCAGUUAAGAGAUUUACGCACUGAUGAAAGUUGUUCUCUCUUUUGCUGCCUUUACCGAACCUGGUGCCAUAAUCCAGUAGCAACAAUUGCAUUGUGUUUAUUGACUCGCAAUUAUAAACAUGCACGCGACCUCAUUGCCAUUUUCGGUGAUCUUGAAAUUACUGUACAAUUUCUUACUGAAAUUGAUCAAUUGGUACAAUUAAUAGAGUCUCCAAUCUUUGCAUAUUUGAGGCUAGAACUAUUGGACACUGGAAAAAACGAAGACCUGGUCAAGAGUCUUUAUGGUUUAUUGAUGCUUCUCCCACAAUCGGAUGCUUUCCAUCUUUUGAGGAAGAGACUUCAAUGUGUACCAAACUUGAAAAUAUUUUCAGUCAAUGGAUCAAUCAGCUCUACAGAGACUUCGACUCAACCUAUCAUGGAUUUCAAGGAUUUGCUAAAACAUUUUCUGGAUAUUCAAGAGAAACAUAAGACUUUGCGGAAAGAGAAAGCACUAGAAAGAUUCAAAAAUUAGGCUUAUUAUUUAAAUGAUAUUUUUAUUGCAAAUGUGGACUAAAUUAUACAUUUAUUUGCCUUAAUCAUCCUAUCAAUUGUUAGUUGAGUUUGCUAUAUGGUUAUUGAACACAAAUUAAUUUGGCUAUUUUGUUAUUUUGUAUGAAUUCUAUAAUUGAUAUUAUUUAUAUUUAAUUUUACUCGUCUAAUUAAGACAGUUUUAUAAAUUGUAUAAUAAUAAAAAAGCAAAUCAUGCUCAAUACUAAAUUAACGUGAAAAUUUGUUCGCAAUCAAAAAAUGUUUAUUCAACAAUGCAUUGAAAAUAUUACAAAUUCAUCGUGUUCGACAUCAAUGUGGCAUCAAUUAUUCGGACUUGAGAAAUUAAAUUUACUUGUUUGGUCUUGAUCAA